AUGGAGUUUAUCGUGACUAAAUCUAUUGAGUUAGCCGACCCAUUCUUUUAUAAGCCCGGAAAAGUCGAUCUAUUGCUUAGCGUAAAGGAGUUUGAUCUACUUAAAACUGGUAAAAUAAGUUUAGGAGUUGGUCUUCCUCAUCUAGUGGAAACUGCAUUAGGAUGGAUUGUCGGGGUAUUAUCAACUUAUUUUUUUGGUGUGAUUGCGAAAAUUUUUUUUUUCAAAAUUUUGCUGUUUACUAGUUUUUAUUCUCGCAAUGCAGGUUGCUUUACUGCAUUGUCGAGGCAAUCUCCUUGGUCUUCUUGGAAUGUUUGUAGAUACGCAGAUGAAAAAAAAUCUUGGAAGGUGCAAGGUAAAGUAAAGGUCGAUCGGGGACCAUUUGAUUCGCAAAUGGACUACAGGUCCCGCCUUAAGUUUAAUGCAUCUGCAUCAAAGUUUCAUUUAAGCGGAAUAGUGUGCACGAUUGGCCCGGCUUCAAAUAAUAAAGAAUGCAUAAUAAAUCUUAUUAAAUCUGGCGUGCGAAUAAUGCGGCUAAACUUUUCACAUGGUACACAUCAUGAACAUUGCAGCACAAUCCAGGCUAUAAGGGAGGCAAUAACACAUAUUACUAAGGAAAUGGGUGUUUAUAAAAGCGUGGCUAUUGCCCUGGACACAAAAGGUCCGGAAAUAAGGACUGGGAAUAUUGCGUUGGAUAAUUCUGAAAUCAAACUAAAAAAGGGGGAUAUUGUUCAUUUAUCGACCAACAAAGAAGUAGAGAACAACUGCACCAAAGAUCUCAUUUAUGUAGAUUAUAAAAGUAUUUCAGAUAUCCUCAAGCCUGGUAAUGAUGUUUUUUUAGAUGAUGGACUUAUUUUAUUGAAAGUACAGCAAAUCAAUGACGAUAUAAUUAUCUGCAAUGUGGCGAAUGGCGGAUUGUUAGGUUCAAGAAAGGGCGUCAAUUUACCUGGCGUGCCAAUUGAUCUUCCCACCGUUUCCGAAAAAGACAUAUCUGAUCUUAAAUUCGCAGUUGAGAAAAAGUUGGAUUUUAUCUUUGCCUCAUUUAUUCGUAAUGCUAAAGCAUUGGCCGAGAUCCGUCAGAUUUUGGGGCCCAACGGCAGUCACAUCAAAAUAAUAGCAAAAAUUGAGAACCAACAAGGCUUGCAUAACAUAGAUGAGAUAAUAACUGCUUCGGACGGAAUUAUGGUAGCUCGCGGAGAUCUUGGCAUUGAGAUACUCACUGAGGAGGUUGUAAUAGCGCAGAAGGCCAUUAUCGCCAAGUGCAACAAAAUCGGAAAACCUGUUAUAUGUGCUACACAAAUGCUGGAAUCCAUGAUUAACAAGCCAAGACCUACUCGAGCGGAGGCUUCUGAUGUGGCUAAUGCUAUUUUCGAUGGCGCAGACUGUGUUAUGUUAUCCGGUGAAACAGCUAAAGGAAUGUACCCUGUCGAAUGUGUAAAAUGCAUGGCUCGAAUUUGCAGUAAGGUGGAAACUGCUCUAUGGUAUGAAUCUAUUCAAAAUGAAGUUAAAAAUGUCAUGAAAACCAAGUCGUCAGAUCAACUAUCAACUGUGUCUUUUGCUAUUGCUGAAACUGCCCUUUUAGGAGAUGCGAAGGCCAUACUAAUAGCUAGUCCAUGUGACCUAAUUCCGCAAUUAGUUAGCCACUUUCGGGCAAGUUGUCCCAUAAUCAUGUUGACUGGGUCAGCUGUCCAAGCUCGACAAACACUGAUUUACCGUGGUAUAUAUCCAUUAGUUUUAAAAGAAAUGAAAGAUGGUUCCAAUGAUUUUGAAGAAAUUCUACAAGCAGGCAUCAAACAAUUAUCCAAAUUGCAAAUGCUCGAGGGUGAAAAAAGCGGUACCGUCGUAAUCGUAGAUGCACUAAAAGCUGACAGAAUAUCAUUCCGGCUCUUGUCCAUAAAACGAAAAAAAAAAAAAGAUUUAGUGAAAAACUUCAAAAUAGCCGAACAGAACCCGGAUAAUAAAGACAAAUAUAAGAACCAAGAAAAUGCCGCAGACACUAAAGUAAACGGACAAGAAACAUCAGAAAAAAGAAGCGAAAACUAUCUGAAAAGAACUAAAAAGACAACAAAACAGAUAAACAACGAAGAACUUAAGCGAUAUAAUAAAGAACAAAUAUCAAACUGUAUCAAAGCAAAACUGAAACAAAGCAAAGAAGAGUUACAUGAUAAUGAAUAAAGAAGAAAACGAUUUGUUCUUGUGAAUAA